UCUCCAAUUAUCUCCCCAUCUCCAUAUCUGCAUGAUCGCAUCCGCACGCGCAGUGUCCAUGCAAAGCUCGACAUGGCUCUCUUUGGUUCAAUACCGCGGUCCCUGGCUACCCGCGCACCACAGCUGCUUCGACCGUCCCCGCGCCUGAUCAUCUUCAAUGCCCCCACAACCACGCUCCGCUACGCAUCCUCAUCGUCGAAUCCCAACUCGCUCUCGGAACAAUUCCGCCGAAGACAGCAAGCGAAAAGCGCGCAGCCGGUAAUACCACAGCCCGACAAGUAUCGACCGCCAUCACACGGGAAAAGGACGCCACGGAGCGAGACGGGGCAAAGAAGCUAUGGACCGCCGUUGACAAAGGAAGACAAGGAGAGGAUGCGGACGAAGAAAUACCCCAACAUGAUGAGUCCAGAGGGAUCGUUCUCGUACUGGUUCUUGCAUAACAGGGGUCUUCACGCAUUUAUAACCUUGGGUAUCUUGACUACCUUGGCAGUCGGAGCGUGGUACAUAGACUUCAUGUCCAAGACCAUCUAUGCAGAGCUUCUCCCUACCCGUAAAGAUUUCUUCCGGCAUCCAAUCCAAUCGAGCCGCCGCGCAGUCGAGGUCUACCAAAUGCAUGUUGCUCAGCAGAGCCAGGUGACGGCGGAAAAGCGCCUCAGGAAACAGGAAGAGGUGGAGAAGAGAAAACAGUAUCGUCUCGAAAGAAUCCGAGAGGCCGAGGAAAGGGGCGAGGAAUACGUCGAAGAUCCAAGAUAUUAUGUCGACGAGGAUGGUGUAAGAAGGAGGAGAGUCAAGAGAUGGUUUGGCAUCUGGGAAUAA